AUGAAUUACAAUUAUGACCCCCAAAAAAUUCGCGUUUUACCAAAUGAUGGUUUAAAAUUACUUGUAAGUGAUGGUUCAUCAUCAAACUAUGAAAUAAAUGAAGUCCCAAUAAUUGAUGAAAGUGGAGCUAAAGCCCAUUUUAGACUUGUAACACAUGAUGAUAGCAAGGCAAUAUUAUGGAAAACAAAAGUUGGUAAAGGGUUAGAAAAAUGGUUGAAAAGUUUUGAUGAAUUUAAAGAUAUGAUGAUAGAAUCUACAUUGUUAGAAAUUCCUGAAGGUUACUCAUUAUAUGAACAUAUAAAAGAAUAUAAAAAUAAAGAUACCAGAAGAGAUACUUAUCUUUAUGGUGGUAAACAUCGAUUCAGAUCACCUAAUGAGUUUAUACCACAUGCAAUAUAUAUUGCAUCAGAUAGAAAUUGA